AUGACCAUGAACAGACGACUCCACCACCCUUCAACAACUACGCAAGCCAUCGGCGCCACCAUCCUCGAAAACCAGGCCUUCGUAGCCAACUUCAUGGAGAAGUCAAGGCAGGAUCUCGCGAAGACAUAUCGCAUCGUGACUUCGUCUUUGGACAGGGAGGGAAUCAAUUACGUGAAGGGCGGAACCGCCGGUUUCUUUAUCUUCAUCGACCUCUCCCCCUAUCUACCAACCAGCACCAGCACCACCGAAGGCGAAUUCGCCCUAGCGCAGAAAUUCUUCGACGCAGGUGUCUUCCUACACCCCGGUGAAGAGCACGCGAAGCAGGCGGGGUGGUUUCGGCUUGUGUUUUCGCACGAGGAGGAUGUGUUGAACGAGGGGUUGAGGAGGAUGUUGCUGGUUUUGAAAGAUGGUUCAUAUUAG